CUUAAUGGUCGCUCAACUGAAAGAGUCGACGAACUUACCGCUUCAAAAUUCGAAUGCAGCCGACUCCGCCUAAAAUACCACGUGCACUAUCAGAUAACAAGUGGCCUCACUUCUUCUACCGCCGCCUCGUCAGCGUUUUUCGUUGCUUUGGAUUCUUCAUUUCGUCUCUUCGAACUUCGUCAUAUUGGAUCUCAUGGCUAACAGAGGACGUCAGCAGCUGUGGUUCCCACGACUGUGGUGGUACUCCUGUGGCUCCUGACUGUGGUGGUACCCGCAACGGUGAUGACUCAUUUCAUUCUCGUGCAGCUGUAACCCCAAGUGGCGCAGAUCUCAAGUUGUGUUCUGAUAACUGUUGCGCUGAAAAGCCUCCGGAUUCGAGAGAGCAAGCUGAAGCGCCGGCUCAGGAAGAUGACGAGCCAUGCUCCUGUUGUUCGGGUGAUGACAUUGAUGAUAAGCCGACGAUUAUUACUAGAGAAGGCUCAAUUGCAUUGCAAGAUUUACCGACUCGUGCUACGCGAGGACGUCGGUGCUGCGGAGCCGCAUGUUGCAUGAGUCCAGUAAGACGAGGAAGACGCUCCAAACUUUUGUGGAAAGCUAAGAGAGUGCCAGUGUUGCACUGGAAUCGACCGAGAACGUCUCAAUUUUGCCCCCAUCGAUGACACGUCACCGGACGACCAAGAUGGGAAAGAAAGGGUUCUCACCCUCAUGGUCGUUGGAAUGGAUUGUCCAGCAUGUUCUCCAAGAGUUGAACGAGCACUGAAAGGUCUCGGAGUAAUGGACGUAAAGGUUGACUUUGUCAGCGCUCGAGCAAGCUGUAGCUACAUCAGCGGCUCUAUCGA